GUCAAUCACGACAGACUUACCCUGUGAAGCAGCGGUGUGAGCACUGGCUGGCUGCAGUACAGAGACGAUUUUUUUUUAACCAUGCCACAAAAUUGGUAUCUGGACAGGCCAGGUGAUGAAUAGCCAGAGAUCCUCCUCUGCACUCCGAGCCCAGUCACUCUGUCUGGGGGCUGACCACUUACUCAGCUUGAGUGAUUAACAGGGCACCCAUCAUGGAAGGCACACACACCGUGCUGAUCCUAUAUACACCCAUCCAUGAGCUAAGCAACAUCAGCCUGUAUUUCCCCAAGAGGCGGGCCCCGAGCUUUAAGUACAAGAGCCGCGCCCCUCAUUCAGAAAGGGUCGGUAAUGACCAUGACCGGGGAAAUGAGGAUCUCACAGUGUCCGAACAAAGAGGCCAGUCUUCCUGCUCCUCAGACGAACUCCUCAUCUCCCAGCAGGCAACGAAGGAGGCAGUUGCAGAGCUCUGCUGGCUGGCGGCGGAGCACCACCAGUUGCUGGCUGAUCUCUUAUCGCUGUGUAGGGAUUGCGCCAUCAAAGUCAGGAUGGGUAACCAGGAUGGGAAAGUCCAGGAUUACAUGGAGGGUCAGGAAAUUCACCUUGGAGGUCAGGGUCUCAGCAGCAACAACUAUUCUCUCUCUGUAUCUCCAGAGCACAAGAGGGCAGCUGCAUCCAAGAGCAAAAAGCUGAAGAAGUUGGGAGGCAAGAAGCUUGACAGCGCUGAGGAUUUGCUGCACAGUAAAAUGAAAAAGAAAGUUACCAGUGGAACUUCAUCUCUUCAGCUUCCUGCUCUCAACAGUGCGCCCAUAUCUUCAGCAUCAGUAAUGCAGCAGAUUCCAGGUGGAAACCUAGCCUUCGGCCAUGUCACCGACAGCCCAGUCACCGGCUCUUAUGUCAGUGCAGUCAGUAAUCCCAUCCUGCCCAUGGAGGAACCCUUUCAGAUCGGUCAUGAGGGUUGGGACUUCAUGGAGGAUAACCGGCCAUUUGACCCUUAUGUUGAUUUCUGCAAUGACUUCUCAGAGUAUGACGGUGAGCUGGGUUAUGAGUCGUCAUUCUGCAGCCUGAUGGAGGGUCUGACCAGACGGGAAAGUGGGAGCAACCUUCGGCCAUUUAAGAGGUCUGAUUCCUUGGGUGAGACAGUAUCUGAGAAUGCAUCAACAGUCAAGUCCGCUCAGCAGCUGUAUGGUAAAACCAACCAGACUAAUACAGGGGUCAGGGUGGUGGCCAAAGUGCAAGAUGUGGAAGGGAGAGUGCAACAUAUCAACCAUACAUGCUCAGACGGGGCAGGGCCAGCCGUGCUACAUCCAGGGACUAACCGCUGCCAGCAGGGGUUUGGAAAGUGGAGAGGACCAAACCGAGAGCACCUGCUGGAAGUCAACAGAGAAAAGACGGGUAACAAGCUUUCUGAGGGGCUACGGUUGCACCUAUGCCACACCACCGAACCUUACCCCCAGGCCAAAUCCCACACAAAGAGCCCCUCUUCACCUUCUCUCGCUGGGGUCUUCAACACAUCUUUCCCUGCAUCCAACAGUCUCCAGAGCAUGUCCCCGGUCCUCUCCCCUCUAUCCUCCAAGCAAGCAAGCCCACACCUCAACCACCGCAUUGUCCUGCUCUCCGAUAAGGAUGUAGACCAUGAACCAGACAGCUCCAGUAACACAGAUGAGCCCAAAAUCUACACUGAGGACAUCGACAAGAAUGGCAACAAACGGACUGUCACCCGUCUGGAUCUGAACCUCAGCAGGCAGUCCAGCAACUCCAAGUGGAACUCCUCCAGCAACUCCACAACAACAGGUGAGCUAUUAGCGCUCAUGAUUUGAACACACUCAUUCAUGUUCAAACUCCCUGCCUUGAUGUGAAUGUUGACACAAGUGCUUUUAUCAUCUUAGUAGCAUGAAGUGUAGUGUCAGAAUAUGCCCUUCAUCUGGCAUUGCUGUUGCUGGAUUUUAAAGAACAGAGCAAGAAAGAGAUGUCUUAAGAGAGAUGCAAGUGUGUGUCUGUGUCAGACUGACUGUCUGAGGUUUUUGUUAAAAUGCUCCAGCAAUUACUCUGCAGCACUGUAACUGACAUACAUUUUCCGCAAAGUGACUUUUACUUUGUCACUCCGGCUGUUAUCUAAUACACAAUCUAGACUAAUAAAUAAACAUUGCUUUCCAAAAUG